CUGAAAUGGGUGUUUGUCCUGCUGCGUUGCGCCCUAGUUUGUUUUCAGGUUAAAAUCCGUGCAGAUACGGAAAUGGACCCCGGUGAAGACUGGAUCAAGAGUGAAAAUGAAGAGGUAGCUCCCCAGCAACUGGACCGUGAGCCAGGGGACUCCGACAAGCCAUCCAAGAUGUUAUGGGUGGAGAGUGAAGACUUCCUGGAUUCUGAGCAGCCCGAAGGCCACAAGAGAGACUUGAAGACUCCUCAGGAUACGUUCUCCGGGGAGAUCUGUUUUGACUAUGAGAACAGCCCUGGGAGGGUCUACUCAAAUGACAGGCCAUUCAAGUGUGACGUUUGUGAGAAGAGCUUCCGUCACAGUUCCAGCCUGCUUACCCAUCGGAGGCUCCACACAGGGGAAAAGCCUUACAAAUGCACCGACUGUGGGAAGAGCUUCAACACCAGUUCGGCCCUCAUAGUACACCGCAGGACCCAUACCGGGGAGAAAUCUUACGUGUGCUCAGACUGCGGGCGGUGCUUCAGUGAAGGCUCGGUGCUCAUCAAGCACUGGCGAAUCCACACGGGAGAAAAGCCUUACAAGUGCUCGAUAUGUGGGAGGGGCUUUCGUCAGAGCUCGCAACUCCGGGCCCACGAGAGGACCCACACGGGUGAAAAACCCUACGAGUGCCAGGACUGCGGGAAAUGUUUCAGCACCAGCUCAAACCUCUCAGCCCAUCAGAGGACCCACACUGGGGAGAAGCCCUACAUAUGCACGGAAUGCGACCGGCGCUUUGGCCACAAGUCACAUCUCAUCUCCCACCAGAAGACCCACACGGAAAAACUGCACGCUUGUCCCGACUGCCCCGCAAGCUUCCGCAUGAUCCACCAGCUCCUGGUCCAUCGCAAAUCCCACCAGGAGGAGAGGCGCUACAAAUGCCUGCUCUGCGGGAAGACCUUCAGUUACAGCUCGGCCCUCCUUGCUCAUCAGAGGAUGCACACGGGGGACAGGCCUUUCAAGUGCCUAGAAUGUGGGAGGAGUUUCAUUCGGAAUUCGGACUUGAACAAGCACCAAAGAAUCCACACGGGGGAGAAGCCCUAUGAGUGUCCCGAGUGUGGGAAGAGGUUUAAUCAGAGCUCACACCUGGUUAGCCACCGAAGAGUCCACUUUAAAAACGCUGCAAAAAAUUCUGGUGUGAGCCCAGCUGCUCCAAUGCAGCAAGAGACAGAAUCUUUCUGAAGAUCCACCUCAUCUCCCUACUCUACUUACAGCUGUUUUUUAUAUGUUAUUUAAUAAGCAUGAACUGGAAUGGAUGUAUUCCAUGCUUUUAAACCAAUCAAAACUCUGCACCAAAGUAAUUUCAGAUUAUCCAUCAAGGAAAGAUUAUUUUGGCCUGCAUCCCUUAUGCAAAUUAAGCACAUUUGCAUAUUUUAAGGUAUUUUGUUCUGCAUCUGCGGGUCACAUGGAAGGGCAAAGAGCUAUCUAAGUAGUUAAAGCUUC